AAUGGCAUUGGUUGCAUCAUUACCAGCCUUCGAUAAGAUUCUCUUCUUGGAUUGGCUAAUAGUACCCCCUCCCUUCGUCCCCUUCUUUGUCAGAAGCUCGCAAUUGGUUAGCCGCGUUGCCAAGCUCCGGAUGCUGCUCGACCAUUGGAGGCCGCAGGCCCGCCCCUGCCAGCUAGGUGAAGGUGAGAGUCUCCUCCAGUGGCCCCGGCCAGACCGGACGGAGGAGCUCCAGGCGUGGGGUGAGACCUCUGGACAGAUUCCUGUACUCUCGCCAUGGCGCCUCCGUCCGUCUUUGCCGAGGUUCCGCAGGCCCAGCCGGUCCUGGUCUUUAAGCUCACUGCCGACUUCCGGGAGGAUCCGGAUCCCCGCAAGGUCAACCUGGGAGUGGGAGCGUAUCGCACAGAUGACUGCCAGCCCUGGGUUUUGCCAGUAGUGAGGAAGGUGGAGCAGAAGAUUGCUAACGACCAUAGCCUAAACCACGAGUAUCUGCCGAUCCUGGGCCUGGCAGAGUUCCGGACCUGUGCUUCUCGCCUGCUCCUUGGGGAUGACAGCCCAGCUCUCAAGGAGAAGCGGGUAGGAGGUGUGCAGUCUUUGGGGGGAACAGGUGCACUUCGAAUUGGAGCCGACUUCUUAGCACGAUGGUACAAUGGAACAAACAACACGAACACACCUGUCUAUGUAUCCUCGCCAACCUGGGAAAAUCAUAAUGGUGUAUUUUCCAACGCUGGUUUUAAAGAUAUUCGGACCUAUCACUACUGGGAUGCAGAGAAGAGGGGACUUGACCUCCAAGGUUUCCUGAAUGAUCUGGAGAAUGCCCCUGAGUUCUCCAUCAUUGUCCUCCAUGCCUGUGCACACAACCCGACUGGGACCGACCCAACUCCGGAGCAGUGGAAACAGAUUGCUUCUGUCAUGAAGCGCCGGUUUCUGUUCCCCUUCUUUGACUCAGCCUAUCAGGGCUUCGCAUCUGGAGACCUAGAGAAAGAUGCCUGGGCCGUUCGCUAUUUUGCAUCCGAAGGCUUCGAGCUCUUCUGUGCCCAGUCCUUCUCCAAGAACUUUGGGCUCUACAACGAGCGAGUGGGGAAUCUGACUGUGGUUGGAAAAGAAGCUGACGGCAUCCUGCGGGUCCUUUCCCAGAUGGAGAAGAUUGUGCGAGUUACUUGGUCCAACCCCCCUGCCCAGGGAGCACGAAUUGUGUCUCAAACCCUGUCUAACCCUGAGCUCUUUAAGGAAUGGACAGGAAACGUAAAGACAAUGGCUGACCGGAUUCUGAGCAUGAGGUCCGAACUCAGGGCACGACUAGAAGCCCUCAAGACCCCUGGAACCUGGAAUCACAUCACUGAGCAAAUUGGCAUGUUCAGCUUCACUGGAUUGAACCCCAAGCAGGUUGAAUAUCUGAUCAAUGAAAAGCACAUCUAUCUGCUGCCAAGUGGUCGGAUCAACAUGUGUGGCUUAACCACCAAAAAUCUAGAGUAUGUGGCCACCUCCAUCCAUGAAGCAGUCACCAAAAUCCAGUGAAGAAACACCAUCCCGUCCAGCACCACCAAAGCGGUUCUCUGCCACAUGUGUUCCCUGCCUGCACAAACCUAGAUGUAUAUAUCAUGGAUUAGAGACUACAGAAGGACUAAAAAGGUUGUUCUGGUGAGAUGGCCUCUGUUUAAAUUGUCCCCAUGUGAAGAGGACAUACCUUGAAAUGAAUUGGAGGCCUGGGAUUAGAGCCUUUUGGAGGCCAGAGCAAAUUAAGAUUUUUAUUUAAGAAUAAAAAAGUACUUUGAUCAUGAGACGUAGGUAUAUUGCCCCCUUGCUAGAAGCAGGAGUAUUGCACAUGUGCUUCUACAUGUUGCUUGACUCUGUACAAAGUCUAGUCCCAAAGAUCAAGUCGUCUGAAGGAGCCAAAGUGUGAGUGUGGGAGUUGGCUGUGGCAUUAAAACUCUUCAUCUCAACCCAUAGUGUCUUAUCUCCCUGCUCUUUCUGCAUGGUUGUGUCCCUAGUCCUAAACUUUAGUUCUUUAGGGUGACUGUGAUUAAGAAAUAUAUUUAAUCAUGACAUACUCAAAGGUACAUACACAUAUUUAAUUGAAAUGAAAGUUUCACAAAACAGUGUUUAUUCUUGUUAUGUGUAGUGCAUUCUGAUAUUUUCUAGUCCAUUUUAUUGUGUUCUACUUCACUAAAAAAAUAAAAAUGCUGAUCAAGACCUAUGGAAUUGAUUUUGUGAUCCACUAAUACGAUGUGACCCAUGGUUUAAAAUGAAUGCUUUCAAGGGAUUAAGUAGUGGCUAAGGAAAAACUAAAAUGUAUUCUCACAAUAUAGCUCCCUUUAGUGAACCCACCGCACAUAACUUGGUCGGUUUUGUGGGCUUGUCAUUCAGAGGCCAGCUGUCUUGUUAUAUUACUUUAGAAACUAGACUUCUGGACUCACAGGAGUGAUGACAUCUCUCAGGGUGAUUCUGGAACACCAGUCGCUCUCAUAGUUGGAAUUCUUCUUAGUCUAUUGAAACAAUUAGAGCCACUUAAACAAAGACCACAAUUUCCAGAGAGUCCACGGGACUCCAAAGGGCAGUUUUGUAGAAUCUGGUGGGGUUGAAACUUAUUAAAACAAGAGGGUUACUAUUUGAAGUUUAAAAAUUAUUUAGUUAAUUCUUGUUAUUUUAACAGGAUCUGCCCCUUUCUAGGACACGUUUGAGUUAUAAAAUCCUACAGUCUUGAGGGAUGAUUGGGGUCUUAGAAGUCAAGUCCGUCCUUUCUUCCUCAGUGAAACAGUCUCUUCCAUGUUGCCCCUGAUGCAGCAUCGCCAACCAGGGGUUGGUGGUCGUGGGUUCUUUCGGUACUUGGAGAGGCAUCCAUCCCAUUCUGCUGAUGGAGCCCCUUAAUAAUAAAGAUCUUUUACCUUGAA